GGAGACUUCACUCUUCCUCACAACACAUCGAACGAUGAUUUGAGAAUCCGAUUUUCCCUCCAGAGGGAACCCAUGAGAACAAAUUAAUAAGCAAACCAUUUGUACGUCUUCAAAGAUGGACACCUCAGAGUACAAAACGUCCAAGGCGGGACCUUCGGGUUCCAGUCUACGAGAUCGCCCCAUGCGCGCGGAGAGAUCAUGCUCUCUAUUACAACGAGUUGCCAAAGUGCUGUCGGUGUUUGUGAUGCUGGUUUUUAUAUAUGGACUUUACUCUCUGUUUUUCGGGUACAGGGCUGGAAAUGUGUGGACUUGGAAGGCCUAUGAUGGGGGGUAUGAGGAAUAUGGCGACACGGGUGGAAGUGUUGGGAGUAAAUACUUGCUAGGAGUUGGAAAGGCUGAUAUCACAGGGUAAACAAGACUCUCACGGCUCAAGGAUAUCAAAGAUCUUGUGCUGAUAUGAGUUCAGUCCAGUCGUAGAAAUCAACAUGAUGGGCUAUGCCGACCCAAAACAAGUCGGUACAGGCCUACGUCAACGUCUCUACUCUCGCGCCUUCAUCAUUGGCGACCUCGAGAAUCCAGAUGACAGAUUCGUGUACCUAGUACUAGACACACAGUCCGGUGAUACGGCUGUUCGAUAUGGAAUCCUCGACGGACUUGUCGAGCUGGGAAGUGACUACUCGGUUUACGCACAACAUAAUGUUGCGGUCACUGGCACGCAUUCGCAUUCUGGUCCUGGGGCGUGGUUGAAUUAUCUACUUCCUCAAAUCACUAGUAAGGGGUUUGAUAAGCAAAGUUAUCAGGCUAUUGUCGAUGGUGCUGUACUUUCUAUCAAGCGAGCCCAUCAAAGUCUCCAGCCGGGCUAUUUGACCGCGGGCACUACGAAGGUUUUUGGCGCGAAUAUUAAUCGAAGUCUCUAUGCAUAUCUUGCGAAUCCUGAGGCGGAAAGAGCGAGGUAUAAUGAGAGUACUGAGGAUGAUGGGUCGGUGGAGAAGACUUUGACGUUAUUGAGGUUUCAGAGAGCUUCCGAUGGGAAGAAUACUGGCGUCUUGACUUGGUUUCCUUCCCACGGAACAUCGAUGUUGGGCAACAACACCUUGGUUUCUGGAGACAAUAAAGGGGUGGCAGCGGAUUUGUUUGAGAAGAGUUUCUCGACCGAUGAUGACAAUGUUGCGGAAGGUUUUGUGGCUGGGUUUUCACAAGCGAGUGUGGGAGAUACUAGUCCUAAUGUCCUUGGAGCGUGGUGUGAAGAUGGGUCUGGAGAGGAAUGCAGUUUUGAGAAUAGUACCUGCGGUGGUGGUAAGAGUCAGCAUUGUCAUGCCCGGGUAAGCUCUUUGAAUCCUUAUAUUUCUGCAAGAUUAGCUAAAGUGGGUAUUGUAGGGACCAUUCUUCAGAAAUCCAGAUAACGGGGCCUCUUCUUGUUAUGAAAUUGGCAAGCGACAAUUCGAACCCGCAAAAGCUCUUUACAACUCCAUAGACAAGCAAAGAACACCAAUCACCGGCUCUUCAGUAAAAUCUUUCCACGUUUUCCAGGACAUGUCCAAUUUCAGCUUUCCUCUAGAAAAUGGAACAUUUGUUACUACCUGUCCAGCAGCACUAGGAUACUCAUUCGCAGCUGGUACAUCUGACGGCCCAGGGGCAUUUGAUUUCACCCAAAACGAUCCAGGGGCACCCAACGCUUCUCCAGUCUGGAAAGUAGUAUCAGGGUUCAUCAAAGCGCCCAGUAAAUCCCAACAACGCUGUCACUACCCCAAGCCCAUCCUCCUAGACGUCGGAGAAGUAACAUCGCCCUACCUCUGGACCCCCAACAUCGUCGACGUUCAAGUCCUUCGCGUAGGUCAAUUCAUAAUCAUCGUUUCCCCUGGCGAAGCAACCACCAUGUCAGGUCGCCGUUGGAAAUCCUCCAUCCACGCACACGCAAAGUCUCUAGCUCUAUCCGGAGACGAAGAAGUGGAACCCAUCGUCGUCCUAGGUGGACCGGCAAAUUCAUACACACACUACAUCUCCACACCCGAAGAAUACUCGAUCCAGAGAUACGAGGGUGCGUCAACCCUCUACGGACCAUGGACCUUAAACGCAUACAUCAAUCUCACCCUCUCCCAUCUUCCAUACCUCUCCCCAUCCUCAGUCUCGCAACCUCAACCUGGACCCUUGCCACCAAACAACGUCAACGCCUCCCUCUCCUUCAUCACCGGCGUCGUCUUCGACGCCACCCCCCUCUUUAAGAAAUUUGGCGACGUAAUCACAGACGUGCGACCCGCAUAUCACAUUGGCGACACCAUCACCGCCACCUUCCAAGGCGCGAAUCCGCGCAACAACCUCCGUCUCGAAGACUCUUAUAUAAGCGUCGAGCAACUCGAUCAGAGCACUGGUAUUUGGAGUCCCGUGAGGGAUGAUUCGGAUUGGGAUCUGGUUUUUACGUGGCGACGGACGAGUGAGGUACUGGGGUUUAGUGAGGUGGAUGUUAGGUGGCAUACUGGGGUGGAUGUGGAGAGGGGAAAGGUGGUUAGUGGACGGUAUCGGAUUCGGUAUUUUGGGGAUUAUAAGAGGGUUGGGGGAGGGAUUGUGGGGUUUGAGGGGGGGAGUGGGGAGUCUGUUUUGUUGUGA